AUGGCACGCUGCUGUUGUUUGAUUUUGGUUGGAUUCCUACUGAUCGGCCUAAAGUCAGCUGGCGGAAAUCUGCUCAACACCAACCAGGAUUUGGUCGUACAGUUCGGUACCUAUGAUGCGGCACUACAGCAGUGCUUCUAUCAGAAGCUUUACGCUGGCAUGGUGAGCCCGCAAAGUGUGACGUUCAACAAUCCUGCUGCUAAAGCGAUCAAGUUUGCCAUCGUCGAAGCGGACCAGUUUAUUGAUCUCGGUGGAAUAGCAGCCUCGAUCACGUCAGGUGCGAUUGACAGCAGUGCGAUCACGGUGCAGGUGAACACUUCUCCGCAGUCGAUUAAAUUCCUCAACAACUUUACGGUUCGAAUGUUUUGUGCGAAAUAA